GAUUGUUCUGCGCUUCGGGCAUGCCAAUUGCCUGUUUGGUCGAGGACUAGAUGACUGCAUCGCGCAGACUUCCAGUUUCCUUGCAACUUCAUAAGGAUCAAUAAGAAAUCGGAGUAUUGCUGCGCCUUGAUUUUAAGACUACCAGCCAGGAUUCGAUGUCAGAUUGUCUGUCCAACCCUCCUCGGAACCCCGUUCUGCCCACGGAUUACAUGCAUAAGAGCCCCUUGAAUCAAGGACAUCGAGGCAACACUUGCAUAGACAUAACCUUGGUUGGUGGGGUAUAAUACGAGCUGACCUUUUGGCCUGGCAGCCGAAGUUUAUCUCCAGUUGAAGCCACCCUCAAGUUACCUUUUGCUUAGCAUCGUCAACAUCUAUCUAUCCGCAAGUAUGGAUCCUUCAGAGCUGGCAAAUAUGACUCCAGAGCAACUGGCAAACACGCCAGUAAGGCCUCCACCCCCAGGAAUCACACCGAAUCUUGCAAAUCCGUCGUCAGAUGGCGAUGUCUUGGUGAUUAUCGGGAGUGUCAUGAUAGGCAUCAUGCUGGUAAUCGCCAGUCUGAGAUUCUAUGUCAAGUUCUUCAUGCGACGAAAACCGAGUCCAGAUGAUUGGACGACUUUGGUUGCAGUUCUUGGAACCAUUGCAUACUUUGUGAUCUGCAUGUUUGCCGUCAAGAAAGCCAAGUUCGGAACUCAUAUGUGGGAUCUUUCUAUCGCCCAUAUGAUGAGCAAAAAGUUUAUCAUCACGGCCUUCUUCUCCAACUGGGUCACUGCAAUCGUUUGGGCCUUUGCCAAAACCUCCUUCUUCCUCAUGUACCUUCAGCUGUUCAAGCCAUUCAACUGGCUGCGAUACGCCGUAUACUUUGGCCUGUUUAUAAACUGGGGAUUCUAUAUCUCUGUCAUUGCGGCAACGCUAUACUUUACCGCCCCUGCACCAGGGCAAAGCUGGCAGGAUAGCUUCUCGUCCAACCGCUAUCGGCGAUCUCUCAAUACAACCAUUCCCAUUGCUGCUGGGAGUCUUGUUCUGGACAUAUAUAUCUUCAUUCUACCAGUCGCCUGCAUCUGGCCUUUGAACAUGACGAUGAACAAAAAGUUUGGUGUUUUGGCCGUCUUUGCUACUGGUCUGGCUGCGUGCGUUGCCUCGUCAUUGAGCAUCUACUUUAAAGACCAUCUGGAUCACCACCAAGACGACUAUACCUACUACACCCUUCCCGUUCUCCUGAUGGCCCUCGUGGAGAUGUGCGUUGGAAUCUCAGCCAGCUGCAUGCCUCCCCUUACCCAUCUAUUCAAGCACGGCAAUCUACAAUGGAGCAAGGUUAGCUCUGUCAUACUUCGCCCCUUCCAGUCUUUGCAUUCCGGAAGCUGGAAAGGCAGUAACAACUCCAGAGGCUCAGGCGGCAGUGGCUGGUCGGAAGGGGCUUUGAAGAAGAAUAACUACACCAAUAUGAAGGUUGCUAAUAAGAAUGAGCACGAGCUGAGCCAUGUCAAGUCUAUUAGAACAUUUAUCCGUGGAGGACGAACACCCGAUGGGGAUGACGAUGAUGGGAUUCAUUUGAAAUAUGGGAUCAGCCAGGAUGUUGAGUUUUCGAGGGAAGUUACGCCUACAGCCAGAAGUGCAGUAUGAUAAGCUGGGAUGCUUGAAAUAGUGGACACAGCAUGAAGAUUCUAUAUUUUAAUUUAGCCUCGUUUAAACUGCCAUAGCACUAUAUAUAAUUGAUGACCGCAGACUUCUUCAAGACUACGACACCAACUCUAAACGGCCACGGCAGAUCAAUCCCGACCCUAGGAAAAUACGCGAACGAGGGGAAUCACCUCGAGUCUCACGUCAGAUGAGCUCAUGAGCAAUGCAAGGGAUUUAAAAUACACAAGUUUCAAGCAAAUUCGCAAAACACGUCGGGUAUCCUACCGCUGCUGUCAACAGACCCCACGCUCCACGAGAACAAAGAAACAAGGCUACCCACCCCAAAAACUAAUGCUAGACCGUCGAUCAACCUUGUCUUUAUUCUUAGGUAGCUAGUUUGAGGCUGUGUAGGUGAUCAAGCAUCCCUUGCUGCGUCGACUCCGAUUGGCCAUGUUGUAUGUAUGUCUCACGGGCUAGAUAUGCCGUUGGCCGUGUACCCCUC